AACAAUCAAUAUUUGCGUACUUUCGUAAUCGAAAGACAAAGUCUCUGCAAAUCGCGAUCCGUUGCGCUGAUAACGCAAAAAAAGAAUACCUGGGCGAAUUAGUUUCACUAAGUCCUAUUCUCAACUGAUAAGGCCGCAGAUAAGAAAUGAAGGAAAAGUUUUCACCCAAAGGUCCGCGUUCGUGAUUUAGUGCGCGAAGGGCGUUUCGCGUAAUCUUCCACCUCCGUUUUUUUCUGGUAAACAAAGGACCUUUCUGGUGAUUAGUUCCGACGACUGGAUCUUCUGCUUGAUCACCAAAACGGAACAAUGAACCAGUAGUGAAGCGGACAAUUUGAAGCAAAACGAGCAAAAAUGUCCGCAGGGAUUUCCGUGUACAGUGAGCUAAGUGAGGGCAAUCGCCUUGCGGUGCUGGUGGACGGAGAUCCGCAACGGACACUUCCUUACGGAACCAAGUUGAAGGUAUGCGGAGAGAACCAUUUGCUGCUGACGGUGGAGGGAAAGCUUUAUCUCGGGGAACAUCGGAUCCGGGAUAAGGCGAUCGAGUUUCAACUGCUGAGACAGGAUGUGGCCGAUUUCGACACGGAAGGGAAUUGGAUUUAUUUGGUGCAGGAAUCCGACGGGAAGGUGUUUCGCGGGAAGAAUGGUGCCAUCGAAGAGUGGGAGCAACUUUUUGAGGAUAAUGAGACCAAGUUCGAGAAAAUUUGCUGCAAUAAUAACGGAUUGCUCCUGACCAGUUCCAGCGGAAGUGAAUUGUUCGCUCAGGGGGAUUUUGGGAGUGUCAUGAAUUGCGAAGAGCUGGCCCCGGUGAAAGACGUGGCCUCGGAACACGUGAUUCAGAUAUCCGCUGGAAUAGAUUUCGUUAUUUUAUCCAGUAGGAAAACGGACAAAGUGAUGAUUGAUGUGAAAAAAGAUCAGUUCUAUGAUCGUUAUUGUGUGGAUGAUGGGAAUCCCGGGCGGUACGUGGAUUGGAAGAACAUGUACCGGAAUAUGGUUGCCAGCUUCGAGAGACCACUUGGGUCUGAUGUGAUUUAUAAUGUCAACGUAGAUUGCGUGACCGUGUAUGGACAAAUGAUUCACGAAACUGGAGUGGCGUGUUUUGGAAAGGUUAACAAAGGUCAACUCGGUACCGGGGAUCACAUCCGACGCGACAAAAUCUUCCAUCUGAAAUUAUUCAACGUUUCGAAAAUAACCACCUGCUGCGACUACUCAUCAGCCCUGACGCUCGAAGGUCAACUGUAUCUUUGGGGAGACAACAACAAGAACCAGGCCUCCCUGGACAGCAGCCUGUCGCUGAACAGUAGUAGCACUCCGACGCUGUCCAGCCGCUUUCGAAACAUUUUGGACGUUGCGUCGGGAAACUUUGAAACGUACUUCGUUACUAACGACUUGCGGAUUCACGAUGUCCGGGUGGACGAAGCUAGUCUACGAUAUGAAUGCGCCGAUAAGAAGCGAUUGCCGGAAUUGCCUGAGGACAUCGAACUGGAUGAGCUCCCAUUGAUAUUAGCUAGCGAUAGCCUCAUUAUCGUGAAUCACCUUCCACUGAACAAGGACCUGUUGCGUAUCUACACCAAAGAACAAACCACGAUACAAAGUUUAUUGAAGCAUUUCAAGGAACAUAAUAUCGCGAAAAUUCUGAAGAACUCCUCAAACGUUUUGUCGCCUCACUUUUUCUAUCGUUCGUGCACAAGGUUGUUCUAUCUAAUGUUGCUGAAUUUGAAGUCUUUGUACAAAUUUGCUUUAGAUAACGAUAUCACGAAAAUUGUGUCACUUUUGUUGCACGAAGAGAUCCAUUUCUUGUAUAGGCAGGUCAUAAAAUUUUAUAGUGAUAGCGAUUGCCUCGGACUGAUGGGUGAACCGGAGCUGAAAUUGCUCCAAAUCUACUUAGACAAUGUAAUGAACGCCAUCGAACUGAGUGAAACUCUAGUCAAUUCUAGCAAAUCGCUGCCCGAAGAGGUUGAAGCAAGACUGCUGAACGUGAAAAGCGAGUGGCUCCGCUUUAUGAACGAGGAAGUAGCCGAAGAGAUGGGAAAGCUCACCAAGGCUACCAAAGCCUUCUGGCUCAACGAAGACAAUCUACGGUGGUACGCCCUGAGGGAAUCCCACCGUAGAGUGAUACUGGAUUCGCUUGAAGUGCCGCUAAAACUACUGGAAAUCAAUAUAUUUUUCUCCUCGCCUCGAAUCGUUCUGUUCUCGGACCGCUUGGCAUAUCUGUCCGGGGCGCAAAUCGUGGAAUACCCGUUGGAUCUAAUUUGGAUUUCGUCUGACAUCAAAGAAACGUUGAAGAACAAGCACCGGGAGAAGUUACGGUUUAUGAUAAGCAUCAUCACACCGGAAGAGAACCUACGAUGCUACACCAUGAAUUCGGAGGACAAGAUAGUUUGGGUGAAUGAGCUGAAGAGGCAAGUGAUGAAGAUCUUGAAGAAGGAGUACACCGCUAAGCAGCCGAUGUAUCGGUACAGCUCGUAUCGGUUCAGCGACAAGCACGCAAAGUACGGCGGAAUGGAGUACUAUGGAAUGUGGAAGGUCGGGCAAAUCGAUGGGAUCGGACAGCUCAAAGGAAGGGACCGAUUGUACCGAGGUGAACUUUACCGCGGGGACAUCACCGGAUAUGGGUGCAUGAGUCGUACUCUGUACGGAAUCGAGACGGUUUAUGAAGGUGACUUAUUCGACGGCAAGUAUAACGGAUACGGAAAGCUCAAGACCUCCCCGAGCGCCGGCCUUACUCAGCAGUAUUUCAAAUACCAGGGCUACUUCAAAGACGAUAAAUACAGCGGUUUUGGAACCCUAACAACCAGUUCGUACCAGUACAAUGGAGACUUUAUCAAUGAUCUCAAAGAGGGCUUCGGGGUAGUCGAAGACAGUAUAAACGGGGUGAAGUACAUCGGGAUGUUUGCCAACGACAAGAAGUACGGCAACGGAAUUCUGAUAACAACCAAUGGGACGUACUACGCUGGAUUAUUCGCAAACGAUGUCCUGUCGAAUUCAGCUGGUGGGUUGGCCAUCUUUCCCAGUGGAAUCUAUUACAAGGGGGAACUGACGAUAGACGGCCCUAAUGGAAAGGGCACGUUUUACUAUCCAGAGCGAGAAAUUGAAUCGGAAUCGUUCGAACUGGAUGAUACCAAUACCAAAAUGAGUGGCCAUACAAUGACGGGGACGUUUACGGGUACGUGGGAUAACGUACGGAUAUCGAACGGCAGCAUGGCCAUGAAUCAACGCUUCAAUAAGGUUCCGAUCUUGGACCUGAAAAUCAGUGCCGAACGGAAAUGGGCUUCCAUCUUUUCCUGCUUCCACCAGUCAGUAUUCGGUACCAGUGAUAUAAGCAAGAUUCGUUCUAUGGAUGUUAAAAGAAUAUGGAACAAAAUAGCAAUCUACAUCAGCAGGGCAAAACGAAAAGAGCAACUCAAAUCCAAUAAUUUUGAAGCCAAAAUUGCGGAGUUUGACGAUCUUUCAGCAGCUGAAAUUUGUCAAAGUGGCUUCCACUUAACUACGCUGUCAGCCACUUCUCUUAAAUCCAGCAUAUCGGACUCCAAAUUGUCACUUAACGCGAAUUCGAAUGGCAUUCUCAAUGGAGACCCCUUGGAUAACAUCUCCGUGCGAAGCUGUUCAUCGAUUGCAUCGCGAGAGUACGACGACGACUUCAUGCUUAAUCCUUCCGGCGGUCAGAGUCGAACGUCGCCCUUUCGAGAUCUGGACAUCAUUCCGGAUUUCUGUAUCACCCGUCUUGACAAGCAAGGGCUGGCCCUGCUGCAAGAAUAUCUCAGCGAAGCGUUCCGAAAUCAGCACCAUCCGCUGCACCAGCUGUUCGAGAAGCUUUCUAGCUGUUUCUAUUCCACUUAUAGCUGUUGGAAGUUUACGCCAAACUCGAUCCUGUGCGAGCCGGCCAUGAACGAGUGGAUUUCGAUCGUGAGCCGGAUCUACACGCUGGUGGUGACGGUUAUGUUUCCGGCGUUGCCCAAGGAUUCUACCGUCGUGGAAGGGGAACUGCUAUCAUACCAAACUCUGCUGUAUCCAAUUCUGAUGACUCAGGGUAUUUAUUCGGCGCUGUUUGUGCUCUAUGCGAGCAAGUGCAGUAAAAACGAUGAAAUUUACCGACAGCGGAUAUUGAUUUGCGAGAAAAAGACAGACGAAAAUCUGAUUCAACUGCUGGACAUCAACAGGGAGCUUAUUCCAAUCAUAAAGAGUUCACUUUACCAGGAAGCAAUAGAAAGUCUGAAUCGCUUCAAGGAAAAGUGCUGUCCAAGUGAAAUGAUGAAACAUAUCAAUGAGGCUUUCGAAUUGGUCGAUGAAGCCAGCAGACAGCAUGACGCCUCGUUUAGUAUUGCUGCGGACAGCUUGCUGGAACUGGCCAUCUUGCUCAUCAUCAAAGCCAACAUACCUCAGCUGGGGGCCGAAAUAAGCCUCUUGGAAGAUCUGAUGCAGAACGAUGCGUACGGCGGAGACUACCAUAGUAGCACCCAAAACGAUUACUGUCUCACCACGUUGAAAGCGUCCUAUCAGCAUAUCAUUAGCGAUAACUUCUUCGUAAACAAGAUUUUCGACGGGGGAAGUCCUUAAGAGUGUUGUAAAUGUUGCUCAGUGACAAAGUUCUAGUGUCUUCUGUUGAAUACUCUGUGAUUUUAGUCAUUCCCUGUACAUAAACGCCGCGAGUCUAGCUAGGUUUGAAUUUAGUUUGCUUAAAAAUGAUUUUUAUGUCGACAGAAAAAAUGUUCAUUGUUUUUAUUUAAAUUGUUAACGAAAUACCGAAUGCAAUUGAGCUUCGUAAUUAUAGCUUUAUUCAAAGAAAUUAUUUAUAACUACAACCCCUGUGUAUCUUUCACUGCAAGAGAUGGAUUUUUACUGGAUAUUGGGAAAAAUGUGUGCAUGUAGGGUCAAGAACUUCAUGUAGGGUAAAAAACUUCCGUGAUUCACUUUGGCAUGUGGUUUUUUUUCUGGCUCAAGCUGUCUGAAACUUUGUAA